AUGACUGAAAAAGGCCAUGCUUCGUUGCAAUUGCCGCCCACCGCUGCUUCCACCACCAUCGACGAUGAUGUGCACCGUCACACAAGUCAGGAGCCGUUGCGGGCUGCGGCUUCCUCGCGAGGUUGGACUCCAUGGAGGUGGAGUUGGACAAGUUGGACGACAAGAUCAGCGUCUCAAAUUGACAUGGCUGUGAUCUGGGUGACCAAAGCUUCCAAGGGCAGCACCCAGUGGACGGACGAUGGAACGCAACGGCAACUGAGUCACUAUCGCUUCCGGAAGAAGAUGAAACCUCUGACGGUGCUCAUUAAGACCAUCUACUUGGGUCUGGCCUUCUUCGAAAUUCCAUCCUGGUGCCUGAACCGGUCCAGGACGUAUUGCCUGGAACGCCAAGGGAUGUAUAGCUGGGGCAUCCCCGAGUUACCAUUUCAGGCUUCUAAUGCCAUCGACAUCUUUUGUCUCAUCUAUUUAGCACAGUGCUUCUGCCAUAGGCAUUGGUCCUUAGGAAAUGCCUCAAGAAGGCGAUGUUGGCACGUGCUGCGCAUCCUGCUGGUGCUUCUGGCACUGGUGGAUUGUGGUGUUGCCGUCUUCAACACCGUUGGAAUUGUGCCUGGCUCCUUUCGCGUUUGCCGCGUCUGUCGGCCAUUGAUCUUGAUGUGUGCCACAAAGUUCCUGCGAAGGACUUUGAACCGACUUUGGCUUGCAUUUCUGGAUUUCUGGACAGUGCUGGCCUCGCUCGCCCUCUGCGUGAUCUUCUUUGUUUGGCUGGGCUUGGUGAUCUUCGCACGGUCCAAGGAGGGCCAGGACCACUUCGCGGACUGGUCCACGUCCCUGGCAUCGCUCUGGAUAUUGUUCACCACGGCCAACUUUCCGGACGUCAUGAUCGAUGGCUACAACAACCUCCGAGUGUCCUUUUUCUUCUUUUUUUUCUAUUUGGUGAUCUCCCUCUACUUGCUGAACAACAUCCUGUUGGCGGCCGUGUAUGACGCCUACAAAGUGCAACUGCGUGUGCAACUGCAGACCUUCUACCGCAAGAAGGCGCAUUCCAUCGAGCGUGCCUUCCGUCUACUAGCCACCUCUCGCGUUGAGGAGGUGGCCAUGACAAGGCAUGCCAGGUUUCAGGACGGGGACGGCGACCCCCUGCAGAGUGACCCCCUGGGGAUCGACUUCCAAAAAUGGAUGGCGUUCUUCACCGCCUACUGCGCGGCCACUACGGGGGACCUCCGCAGCCUGCGGGACCAGCAGUUCGUGCAGCAGCAGGCGGUGCAGACCUUUGAAGCGUUGGAUACCGAUGGGAGUGGCAUGAUUACCAAGGAGGAGUUCAAGUUGGUGGUGCAUGUGCUCUCAGAUCCCCAGGUCUACAUUCCCUUGCGUCCAAUCCCGGAAGUCGGGAGCACUGGUUGGGGACGACACUUGCGGAAGAUCUUCAAAGAAGGUCUACCCCUCUGUGGCCGAAGACUCCCCUGGUGGGUGUUGAUUGAUUUGGUGGUUCUCUUGGAGAUCGCCUUGGCGUUUCUUCAGACCUGUGUUUUCGUCUCUCCACUGGGUGGUAAAUUCAAUGAUCAGCCCCUGUUGCCAGGGAGCGUGUGGUUUCGAUUGCUGACCUGCACCACCGUCAUCUUCUUUCUGGACACGUCUUUGCGCAUCGUCACCUUUGGAGCCGAACGCUACUGGAAUCGAAGACGCUUAAGGCAUCGCUUCGAUGUGCUGAGCAUUUCGGCCUUGUGUGCCAUGGAGAUUGCAGUCUGUUGUUUCCACAGCCCUCCUGACUAUCUGCUGCGAACUGUUCUGGCGCUGCAUAUUUCUCGGGGUCUCUGCCUCACUCAGCAUAUUCAGCCCUUGCGCUAUCUGGCGGCUUUGGUGGCUCACCUCGUUCCAGUUUACCACCAGUUAGGCUUCCUGCUCUUCCUGGUCUACUAUGUCUUCGCCACCAUCGGCGUCCAGAUUUUUGGGGGCCAGAUCUAUGAGGGCAACCCGAAACUGGACGGCAGUGCCUUCGCGGAGGGCGCCUAUUGGAGUCUGAACUUCAACGACUUCCCCUCCGGACUCGUCACCCUGUUUUGUUUGAUGGUGGUCAACAACUGGUUCGUGGUGGCAGAUGGCUUUUUGCGCGUCACCAACAAAUCGGCCUCCAUUUUCUUUGUCUCUUUCUUCGUGAUCACCAACCUGGUGGUGCUGAACAUUUUGAUGACGCUGAUUUUGGAAUCCUCCGCCGCAGUGCAGCAGGAGCUGCAGGCGAAAGUCCCCGACGUGCCGGACGACUCGGCCGACGCGCCGCAAAGGACCUGGAGCCGAGGUGCCCGGGAGUUCGUGUUGCAACGUAUGCUGCUGAACGACGACGAACGCCUGGACAGCAUCGUCUCAGGCACCUCGGGGCACCUUCGGACACCCACCGCCGGCCGACACGGCAGAAAAUCAGUUGACAUCACCAGCCCACCUGGUCCCACAGUCAAGGCCGCGUGCCAUGGUGCCAAGGAGAAGACCUGCGAUGUGACGAUGUGUGAAAAAAACGAGGGCAAGACUGGGCCUUUUCACCUCAACGAGGCUCAGGAUGUCGUUGAAACGAGACGACCCGACUUCAAACGAUUUAUGGAGGAGAAAGAAGCGUUUUUCGCCGCCUCCCACCGAAGGCUACAAGAGGACGUUGCGACGGAGGAUGUGGUCGAUAUUCAGUACAGUAACCUCACCUGGAUUCCACCCUUAGAUCAGAGUCCCCCCGGGGCCUUCGGUGGUGCAUGUCUUUAUGCUGGCGCCAAUUACACGUCUUGGCGAAUUCACACCGACAAGAACAUGACGGACAACAGUGCCCGUCUACGGGUCGUGAGGCCCAACUUGCAAACACCUGGCGCACCGGCGGGGCAUUGUUUGAUUGAGGAGUACAACUUCAUCGACGUCGUCCCGCCGUUGGACGGUAGCGUGACCUUCCGCGCGCAGCUGACGGAAGUGUGGUAUACUGGUGGAAUCAGUUUCUCCCAGGGGGGACAGGUGCAACUCUGUCUAUCUCCCCUAGGGACGUUCGCAGACCCCGUGCUGCGUGCGCUGGGAGAUGCAGCGCUGGUGCCGGAUGGCUACACCGAAUGGCGGAUUUUGGGAGCCAUGGAUUCCUGCCCCUCUGGACCAGGUUGUUUGUCCAUGCGGCGCUUCUUCUGCUUUUUGCCCCACACGUACUACACCAGAUACGUCCAGACCGACCUGGAAUGCGAUAUGUUUUUGCAAGCGACGAGUUCGCCCUUGCUCUAUUCGCGGAUGGCUGUGAUGGACGACGUGCAGUGUGGGAGGCGAACAGGGAUGGCGAUGCUCCCCAACUUCCAAAACCGCUGGGAAAGGAUUGUUGAUCCCAUUUCCUUGAUCGAACUGGGGGAGACCCGUUCAGACCAGACCUUGGGAUUUCAUUACCUACUCUGCUUCUGUCCUGCCUUUGAUGCCUCAGAAGGGAUCUUCCCAGUGAUCGAUGGCGUUUGCGGACAGUUCGAUGACUUUGUACAGCAGGUUGGAGUGGUGGAUGGUUUGAUGACCACCUUCCUCAAUGUCGACUUUGUGGUGGUGGAGCAGAUCGUGCCCAUGACGCGCUUCACCAUACGUGUCGAUUGUGGUGGCGGCUUCGACAGUUGCGACGACAACGACUUCUCCAGCAUCAAGGUGAUUCCUCGUUCCUGGUCGGCCACGCGCUCUUCCAUCGGCUACAUGCAUUGGAACACCAGCAACACCUGUCCUGAGGCCAUUGAAACCACCCAGUGGUAUUCUCCGGUGAAUUGCCAGGAAGACGGUUCGCGCACCGCGGAGAACUGCAAGGCCAGUGGUGGUAGCAACAUGACGGAUAAGGUCUUUGGAUACAAUGAGAUCAAAUUUUUGCCCAAAGUGGAUGCUGACAACGCCGGAGUUGCGCAGUUCUUUGAUAUUUGCUUCGUUCACAAGGAUCCGGGCGUGGACGGUCUGAACAUCCGAUCCUUUGAACCAUACAGUGACGCUGCGAUGCAAGAGACGACAAGGACCUUCUUUAAGGUGGGUCAGUUGGUGGUGGAACCGAUUUGGCUCUACGGCACCGAUGGGUGGGUCAUGACGCGUCCCAAUGAGAUCCGCCUGGGUCCUCCGGACCUGUCGCGCACGAGCAACCUGCAUGGCAGUCUGCUGGAGGGCUACCUGGCCAACGGGACGGAUCCAAUGGGGCCGAUGAUCAAGGUGAUCCUGGAAGAUCAGACCACGGGGUCCCUGGACGCCUACGGCUGUUUUGGAUUUAUCCCCAACGAGGCCUCCGUGGCGGGUGUCUACUGUUCCAAUCGCUCCUGGUGUACUCCGCGCGCCACCAAAGUGGGCCAGGAGCUGGUGUUGGAUGGAGGGAACCCGGAUCAUCGCAUCACGGUCCUGAAGGCGGGUGUAACCUCGGUCUGCUACUGUGAGGCAUGGCCUGCCGACGGAAGGGAGCGGUGCAACCGGGUGGAGGAUUGGAUCCUCGUGGGCAAGUUUUUGGUUUCUGGACCCAGAGGGAACCAGGAGUGGACAUUGGACACUGGGAUGAUACAAAGCCUCGAAGUGGAAGGUUGGGGCCUGCGUGAAACCAAUACCAUCCGUAUCCUCGAGAAGGGUCAGACCUGCCGUGAUGAGGGAUUUCUCCAAGUGGCUAACCAUGUGAAGUGGUGUUCAGCGAGGAAUAAGGGCAUUUGUGUGAUGCACGCGCAAGGGACCAAUGCCACAAGCAUCUUCGAUCUGCCCGGCAUCUUAUGGCGCCACAACAGUACGGAUCCACCAGCCUACAUCUACCUCAUUGAACAAGCGGAGGAUGGCCGAGGUACUUUCCUCCACUUUCCCGUGGUGCCGGUCAUCAGGCAGUUCGACACCAUUGUCAUCGAAGAGAACGUUGUGCCCCAGGCAGACCACUGGGUACGGCAACGGGAUUUGCAACGAAUCCUGCGGGGUCAGGACACGGGGCACCAGAUCAUUGAGAUGCUGAAUGCGGAUCGCACCCUACGGAUCGAAAUGGUUUUAGAUCCGUUUCCUCAACUGAUCUUCACACCUCCUCAGGAGGGCAGGUGGUACAGAAACAACAAAGUCAAGGCCGUGUUGGGGAAGUGCGUGAAAAAGACUAAGUGCCCGAUAUUAAAGGCACAGAGGAAGUUGGGAAUCUCGCAGUUUGCUGGGGUCCGGGAGCCCAAGGACCACAAGGACCACUUGGAUGGUGAACGUGCAGGGGAGUACUACGCGCUGGCGGGAUUCCUAAGUUUCGUGAACCCAAACUUUUUGGCCAGGAUCACGCUGGGCUUGACCACCACGGCAGUGGGUCACACAGCGCCUGUGAUCCUGAGCUUCUUGACGGGCGACAAUCCACAAUACUACCUGCCCCAAAACUCCAUGCAGCUCAGGAUCACCUUUACCAACAGUUCCAUUCUAGCACCAGCCUUCGCCUCUUUUGAGGAGGAGUUAGUGACCAACAUGACCUAUGCGGAUCAGAUGCACGAGGCCUCCCAGUCGGUCUGUGGCCGUCUCUUUUUGGAGCUUUACACGGACUUAGAGAUGGGAUUUCCCGUUCCCGUCGGUUGCUACGUGGACACCAACCGCUACGGUUCGGAGGGACGCGUCAUCGCCAUCUACGUCCUCUUUGAGGCGCUCAAUGGGCUGAAAUCGCAAACGUCCUAUACCAUCGUGAUGAACGCCAAGCUGCAGGUUCCCAUGUCGCUGGAGGACUACGCUGCACUGGAGGAACACUUGCUUGAAGUGGUGACGUUGGAUGACAUCAAGUUGAAGCCUGAGGGAGUGGUGGAUGUCGGCUAUGUGAAUCCAGACAAGCCCAUGCAACGAUCGGCAGAUCGUACUAACACGAGCACUGACAUGCGCUGGUACCAGGGAGGCUAUGGCGGCAUCUACCUACAGAACUUCGCGGUGAACGACAUUUUGGAUGCGCCCAAGCCGGCCACCGAAGACGCGGUGUUGAACGUGCAGGACAUGGCUGCGUUGGAUGAGCUGGGUCUCUCCUUCGUGAUUCGCGGCGAAGACACCGGACGGAUUGUCCAGUCGUCUCUACUGCGAAUCUACCUGUGGCCCUUGACCAUCUGGGAUUUCGACAUCCGACAGCAAUGUCAGGCGAACUGCCAGCCGCACUAUGCCACCAGUGCAACUUCUACGGUGGAUUGCAAGCUGGAAUCCGCCAUGUCCCUAUGUGAAGACUUUGUGCCGCCACUGCAGCAACAGUGGGUGGACACCCGCGGGCGCGACUGCACCUGGUACGCGCAGCCCGGGCUUUGUAACACGGAUGGGGAGUUCUACACACCCAGUCACGGCUAUUCUGCCCUCUACUCCUGCUGCGUUUGCGAGGGAGGCGUCCGCUCCAACGCCAACGUGGUGCGGCUACGGCUACCCAACAGGAUGGAUCCGGCCUUCACUUCUGAAGUGAUGCACACCAUCCGCUUCUACCAGGCGAGACCGUUGCCCAAGAGAGGCUUCUUUCCGAUGCGCAUGGGAGCGCAGAUCUCAACGCCCAACGACGGCUAUCCCGACUACACCACCGUGGCCGGGCGCAUGGUGCAGUUUCUGCCUCCUCAAGCGAGUUAUGCCUCAGUUGUGGGCUCCUUAGUCGGCGUCGAAGGAUGGGGCAACUUGAGGCAGUUCAACUCCGACCCUGUGUGGAACAACAUGUACAUUCGGCUCCAGAUGCCUUUGACUCUUCGCGGGGUUGAAGGUGAUGAUCUCCACUCCCUGUGGAGAAGCACCGGGAGUUUUGAGGUGGUUCUGCCUCCAGGCUACAAGUGUCUGCAUGCGGAACGUGCCGUCGGCCCCAUGGAUGGCGACAACGAGGUGCGGAUGCCGUGGCUGCCGAUCGUCUCUCCGCAGGGGAAGGGCCUUCUGCCGGGCGCGAACGUCCGUGAGGGCGGCAAUACGAGUGCCCCGGGGGUGAUUUGGCCCACGGGCGAUUGGGAGUUUGAGGACAACAAGUGCAUCUUCUAUCUGACACCCGACAUGACACUCUACGAUCGCCAGCGCCUGUACCUCUACAUCUGGGCCUUAAAUCCCACGCGACCCAUGCCGCGCGACGACCCUGAGAACGUCUGGCAGAUCAACUUUCGCUCGGCGGGUGACUGGGGCAUUCCAGACAACCACAAGAUGCCCUGUCAGCCGUAUCUCCCUCCCUUCUGCAAUGACACGGGAGAGUUGUACUGGGUGAACCCCUUUUCCUUUCCCAUGCUCUUCCGGGACUACUCGUUGAUGUAUCCCAACUACACCGACGUUGAGCAGAGCCUAGGCCCCUAUAAUUUCACCGUGCCGUCGGGAGAGGAUCAAUACUUCGUCACCAACUUUGCCGUGUUGGGUGUCUUGAGGCAAACCAUUGCGCAGCCCCCUUCGCUUGUCCUAGGCUCCAGGACCAGCAUGCAGCUCUGGUUCGUGGCCGAGCUGGGCGCGGAGCGCGACGGCUUUGUCGCAGUUCACUCGCCCGGGGGCUUCGACUUUUCGAAUCCUUGUUCAGCAAGAGAUCUGCCGCAGGAGUACUACUCCAGCUUUGGGCCUCCAGGUGCCGUGGUGCCUCAGAGGGUCUGGCCUUUGGAGGACAUGGGCGAUUGCAAUUUGGGGCCGCCCCCAAGUUGGCAUCCGAAUGGGAACUAUGCCAUGAUCAAAGUGGCAGGCUCGGUGAUUGCGGAUCGCCUCUACGGUUUCGAGAUCGACAUCGACUUCCCGCAGAUCUUCUUAACGCAGAACCACAGCGACGAGUACUGGGCGUUCCACAUCAGCGUGGUGGACGGCUUUGGCUUCGGUCGCGACUCCACCUACAUCAGUGCCUCCUUCCAGCCCGACGUGGAGGGGCCGUGGGACUUCUAUCAGAUCUUGCCCAUGGUGAACCCAAUCCCAAUUGGCCUGGACAUGCGGGGGACCUUGGCUGUGGCGUCAUGGUGUCAUGGAAGAGAUCUGGUCUCUGAAUUUGAUGAGUUGUGA